GCUAGCAGCGAACAAGGUUGAAGCUUUCAAAAAGCUGUCGCGAUUGUGCCGAGUGUUAAGAGAAAUCAGCUCGUAGAAGGGUUGAUUCGCAAGAUCCAACACCGGCCAUGGAUUGUGUGAACUUUGCGGGAUAAGCGUAUUUUUUACGCCAACACACAUGCUUCUUCGAACGACAUCGGCAAUUGACGAUUUUGGUUCGGGGACCUUGAAUUGCAUGUGGGAAGGCGAAUAAUUCUAAUAUCUUCUCCUUAUUGAGUUGCUUGUGGAAGUUUGGUUACAAAUUGUGGGCGCAUUGACUGUGAAUGUUUCUCCUUUUAAGCCCUAUAAAUGGGCUGUGCUCCUAGCAUUCACGUCUCACAAUCUGGAGUAUUUUAUUGUAGAGACGAAAUUCGCGAAGGAUCAAGCCCUAGACCAAGAGCCUCUUCUCCUAGUGAAAUUGUCGGCCAUAUUCGUUCAAGCUCGGACUCUGGGUCGCAUAUUUCGACGUCGUCUUCUUCUCGAAAUCGUGGAAAUAACAAAAAGGAACAAAACUCUCAUCGAGGUAGUUCUAUUGAAGCAGAAACACAAACUUACGACCCAAGGAGUAGUAUGGAUCACCCCAAGAAUGAAAGAAAGGAAAUUUCACUUGGACCAAUGAAGUUAUAUCAAGCUCAAAUGCAGAUCAUGCUGGUGUUUUCAAAGGAAGAUGCUCAGACUGACAGCUUUCUUCAUGCAGCUGAAAGAGGUGGAUAUUUAUGUCAAAUUUGUAAAACAUCUGAAGAGGCCAUGGAACAGUACAUGAACAUUCAGCCAGAGGUGAUAUUUAUUGACAUGAGGGGAAAUUCUGUCAUUGAUGGAGAAACACUUUGCAGGAUAAUAAGAGCUAAAGGCCCACGAGAGAAUUCUAUAAUUAUUGCUGUGGUUAAAGGAAGCCCACGAAGCGAUGAACCAUUGAUGCUUCCACUGCUAAAAGCAGGAUUUGACCGGCGGUUUGUUGAAAAUGCCAAUGUUGGGGCUUGUCAUAAUGAGUUGCUGAUGUUGGAACAUGGAGAAGUUCAGUCAAUGUUUAAAUUAAGAGCAACAAGCUGUCUUUUUAGUGCAAUCGAGCACUCCACUGAUGCUGUGGAGAUUGCCAGCGCAGACUCUGACAAGCCAGAGUUACAGUACUUCAACCCUGCCUUUGAGAAGAUGUCUGAAGCUGUCGGGCAUCCCCAGAACUUCAUGAUGAACAGUGAGCAUCAAAAACCCGAGUUAUAUGAAUCAAUACAUGCACACAUAAAGAAAGGGAAGCCAUGGGAGGGAAAAGUAGUCGGGAAAAGAAGAAAUGGAGAUAGUUUCUUACAAAAUGUGCAUAUCAUUCCUAUCAUUGGCAAAGGAGGAAAAGUCGCUCACCAUGUGACAGUGAAGAGAGAAAUCACACAAGCCAAUCCCUUAAAUCAAGUCAACAUGAAUAUGGAGGUUAAUAUGCAUAUGGAAUCACCAACUACAGCCAGUGGUGUAACCGAACAAGUUCAAAUUAACACCUUAAAUGGAGGUAUUCUUAGAAGACAUUCGACAACAACAACGACCAAAAUAGAGGCACCCAUUACAAAAGUCAUAAACAUGCUGUCUGCAGCGCAAGAAAAUAGUCCCAUGUCGGUAGUACAAGCACUGGAUAGAGUGCUGGAAAUUCUGCGGACAGCGGAAUUAUAUUCCCCUUUCACCACAACUGAAGAAGACGCUAUGACUAAUGAACUGGUCGGAGGUCUCAUGAGCAAUGUGAGUUUUAUUCAUUCAAUUUACUCCUUUAUUAAUCAGACCACACCGAGCACAGUACGGACCCCACCCAUCUCACACCUCCAAGAGGCCCCAACUGAAGUUAUCGCUUCUAUGGUUGACGAGGCAGACUGGGACUUUGAUAUUCUCAAGUUGGAAAAAGCCUCCAAUCACAGGCCCUUGUACUUUUUGGGAACGAAGAUUCUGAACAGGUUCAGGGCCUGUGAAUUACUCAACAUUACCGAAGAUGUUCUUAAGAAUUGGUUACAAUUAAUAGAAGACAACUAUCACUCGAAAAAUGCCUAUCAUAACUCCACGCACGCAGCAGAUGUCUUGCACGCAACAGCAGUGUUCUUAGCUAAAGAAAGGGUGAAGGCUGUUUUGGAGCCGCUCGAUGAAAUAGCCUCGUUAAUAGCAGCUGUUGUUCACGAUGUAGACCAUCCGGGAUAUACCAACUCAUUCCUUUGUAAUGCGGGAAAUGAGCUCGCCAUCCUCUACAACGACAUCGCCGUACUGGAGAGUCAUCAUGCUGCGUUGGCGUUCAAACUUACAGCGAAAUAUGAGAGGUCAAACAUCUUCAAGGGACUUGACAUGGAUGAGUUCCGGACGAUUCGCCAAGCGAUCAUCGACAUGGUAAUGGCGACAGAGAUGACGAGACAUUUUGAGCAUCUGUCGAAGUUCGUAAACUCUAUAAAUAAACGGCGCUCUUCCAGUAUGGAUGAGGUGCACUCGGUGCACAGCGGGCGUGGCACUCCGGAUUCUCAAGCAUCAACCGCGGUAGCACUGAACACUCCAGAAAACCGUACACUGAUUAAAAGAAUGCUAAUUAAGUGUGCCGAUAUCGCCAACCCGGCUCGACCACGGUACCUGUGUAAGGAGUGGGCAUACAGAAUAGCACAGGAGUACUUUUCACAGACGGACGAGGAAAAGAGGCGUGGUUUACCGGUUGUGAUGCCUGUGUUUGAUAAGCAAACAUGUAACGUACCGAGAUCACAGGUUUGGUUCAUAGAUUACUUUGUUAGUGACCUUUACGACGCAUGGGAUGCUUUCGCAUUUGUACCCGAGACCAUCAGACAUCUGACAGAUAAUCACGAAUACUGGAAAAAAGCAGCGGAGGAGUGGGAUGCUAAUCGCACAACUGCAGCCACUUCCGGUAACUCGACUUCCGGCACCGCCACGAAAAACCCCACGUCUACGUCUUCGUCCGAACCUCCUUCUUCGUCCAGCACGUCUCUAACUUCAUCAUAGUUUGCUGUCACGGUAGUUGUCGUUAGCCUCUUGUGUUGCCUCUUGUUUUGUAUUGUUGUUGUCCAUAUUGUACACAUGUUUCGUGCAGUGAAACGCGUUUCGUUGGCACUUUAUGCAGUAUUAUAACACCUCCCUGCAGCUUAGGAUGACUUGAAGCCACUUUGUCUGGUGUGUCCCCUUACUAGAGUCCGCCUCUGACACGUGACGGUAACGCAAAGUAGUCUGUCGCAAACGUUUUCAGGUUUUGUGGAAUUUUGUAUCUCACUCCGGAUUUGCGCAUUUCCUCGUCGUUUUCGUCUGAAAUUUUUGUUGAAGAACAAUUUAUGCAAAGAGCGUAGGAUGUUACCUAGAUUUCUCUAGUAGUCCAAUAAUGUUUCCUCUGCAUACUCUAGUGUUGGCUGUGAAAGCUUUUCUGUCUAAAGCUAGUUUAAGUAAGCCACAAUCUUGGCGUCUUACAAAACUAUUUAAUUACGAGAGAGAGACAGAGUACGUUCUACAUAUAUAAGUAAAACAAAAACAAAAAGAAAAAAGGAAACAAAUUGUAUAUAGUGUUUUCCCAUCAAGGAAAAUCUCUAGAAAAUUAUAAAGUAUUAUAUUUAUUUCCGUUGACCUACCUACGCACAAGCUCCCCUAAUUAAAAUUAUUUGUUAACUUUUGGUAGAUGUCAUUUACGUCUCAAAGCCUGAGUUUCCAGCACAGGCUUUUAAAGAAAUAUCGAGAUAAGAAUUAAUUAAAUGAUUGCUCGCCAGCUCCCAGUACGGUACGUUUUUCAUAAGCCACGAGGAGCAGGCUUCGAUCAUCCUCUUCUUUCCAAGAACCUCGAUGUUAUGGAACUUGUAACGUUUUUACUCAGUUUGGUUAACUCUCCAUUUUGUUGGCUGGGAAUUAAUGUGUCGCAUGAGCUUUGAAAUCCUGAUCUUUCGAAGGUGAUGGAAAGUGAUGCAAAUUCGAACGAUAUGAACUGUCAAAUUAUGUUGAGAAUGUCUAUCGUUUACGUUAGCUUCAUAACACGCAGUUCUUGAAGAGAAGGGGGCAAGCAAAGAGAUCUGUUCCCAGAAGCUUGCUACUUCCACGCUAAUACGUCAUCAUAUGAAUAGCGAGUGAGUGAAGCUGGAAUCUAGCAGUUAAGGAAUUAAGGACUGAUUUACCUGAGCCUGCGUGUAAUGUGGUGAUGAAAGCCCACGUGACUUCGAAUACAUGUUGUCUGUUUGGACCAAAGAGAUCAGAUAUUCUUGGCGUAAAAUGUAACUUUUUUAUAAAAUUUUGAGAAGUUCAUCGUGUUUCUUAUCUAUUUGGGAACCCAUUGUCUAGCCAUUGCUUUUCAAUCACCGUAUGUCACAGAUUUCUCUCAUCUUGGUUUCCCUGCUUUUACAUCCUAUGUCACGUGUCUAGUGCGUGAAGAUUUGCCAGAAUCAGUCUUUUAUUCCCUGACUCAGUAGAAAGUUGAAUAAUAUUGGAACGUAAUGCUAAAUUAAAUGAAACUUCAUCCUUUUACUUAAGCUUGGUGAUGGUCAAAACGGAGCAUUUAGUUCGCUUUUCGUGCUUGAAAACGUAGCAAAUGUACUCAAGCUUAAAAUGAGAAAAUUCCUUCACAAAUAUGGUCGUUUUUAUGGCAAAGGGUAUUAACACCAAGUCAUUUUUAUCUUGUCCAUUUUGUCAUUGCUGUGUUGUGUUUAUACAUUAAAAAAAUUAUUCCUAAUUUAUUCCUGCUGCCAAUGUGUUUUAUAGUCAGGCUUUUGGUGAAACGUCUUAUGGUACAAAAUGUCUUUUUUUAGGAGGUGGAGCAUCCCAAUUACCAAUUAACUUCUGUUAUGUAUCGAUACAGUUUUCCAAAUAAUUGAUUUCCAGGUUCAAUCUCGAAAAAAAACCAGUGACACGAAAUGAAAGCCACUCUCGUGGGAAAUAGAUUUUAUGACGGUAAACUGAGUCACCAAGCAGGUGGUCUACAUUGCAAUGUCAAUGUGGGGGGGUCGGCUUGUCUAUUUUGACUUCCAUUAGUCUGCAAGAUAGAAGAGUUUAUUGCUGUGGAAAGAUGUUCACUUGUGACCGAUUUUCUACUUUUUUUUCUUUUGUGGACAACACUCGCCCAUUGGAUGCAUUCGUGUGAUGGACUCGUCACUUUCUUCCGUUGGGGUAGACUACGGGACGAACCAAAGAAAGUUUCCUUGUUAGUUGAUCGUGUUACCGGGAGGGCGGGUUUUGUCACGCAACACGCGAGACCUCUUGAGUUUCAUCUGAACAUCUCACAGCAAUGAAAUUAUAUUGUGUGAUCCAUGACUGUUUUCACCAAGAGCCUUGUAGAAAAUGUUAGUCGAGCAAGACCAUUUUAAUUUGUAAAGCUUCCUGUACACACUUAUUGAAUUUCUAGCUAGCUCAGUUGUACAGUUUUGAUCAAAUCAUUUUAAUGGGUCAACGUUGCGUUGUCCUGUGUCAUUAUGUAUAAAAAGUAUAAUUUUCAUAAUACAACGAUGAUAAUGAUAAUAUAAGUUGAUUGCUUGGAGAGAUCCAGGAUAUUGAAGUUAUUAUAUCAUGUACAAAUUGUUUGAUAAAUCUUGAGUAGCCCGUUGGAUUUCUAUGUAGAUGUUCUGUGUGGACGUCAAUUAUGUUGUUCUUUCCUAGAUUGUGUUGUGUACAGUUGCUUUAGUUCUGAAUCUCUAAAAGUGGACAUUAUAGAAUAGAUAUGAUUAAAAUAAGUUAUUGGAUCGUC